GCCCAUGCAUUUUUUGUCUUGCCUCCUCCUCUCCAACUGUUCGUCCUCCUUAGUCGCAAGGUACACGACCGGCGCCGGCGCCGGCGCCUAUCAGUGACCUUCGGGAAAUCUUGCUGUGCACUUCCCUCUGCUGUUGUCUCGUCAUCGGUAUGUCACUGGGCAUCUACUAGCUGGAACCCCAUUACCGGUGAGGUCAGGUCGCACAUCAAGUUGAGGUCAAUUUUGGGCCGAGAAUAGUACCAGACAGAUACUCCCAAUACGUACAAUCGUAACAAUGCACCUGCGAGUGGGGUGUGAAAUCAGGCUGCUACUGUUUUCGAGCGGACUGCAACUUACAUUCGCUGCAUGCAACCUUGGUUUCCUGUCAUUGACUCGACACACCUGGAAUUAUUGUUGGCGAUGUACCACCAAUGUACGAGCCUCAAGAACCGUUUCACGCUGCGGUCUCUGUACAGACGGUCUUCUGGAGUCUCGCUGGAGUCUCACGACGACGACGUCGGUCGCGAAACAACGCCAAGGCGCCUAUCCUAUGCAGGAUCGCUGGUCACCACCAUGAACCUGGAACCACUCAUGCCCUCAACUGGCAGAAAGCAUUG